UAUGUAUAAAUCUGUGACUUCACAGAACUGGUCCAGAAAGUUUCUUUGUCUCUGAUCCCAAUAAGGCCAUCGCUCUCUCUCUUCCAAAAGAUCUGUAAUCAUACUCUCCUUUUUUCAAGUCUGCCAUGGAUAGAUACAUAUCUCUCUCUCCAAAGUACCAAGAGUGGUCCUAGCUUAGCUAGCCUCUUUCCCUUAAUUAAUUAACCCCACUUUUUUAUUGAUUAGCAAGCCCCUUCCCCUUUUUCUUCACAGCACAUGAUCAUCUCAAUCCAACUUCUCUUCUACAUUUCAUUCUAGUGUCCAGACAAAUUAAUUCAACAAAAAUACAAACCAGUUAUUUCUUGAAAUUCUCAAUUCUUCUUCAAAAAAUAAUUAAAAAGGAAUGCAAGAACAACAAGGAUUAGGGAUGAUGGUUGUUGGUGGUGGCGGUUUUACUGAUCAUAUGGCAGUUUCACUUUCCGGCGGUGAUCAAAACCACCGUCACCUAAAGGCGGAGAUAGCCAACCACCCUCUUUAUGAACAGCUGCUUUCAGCUCAUGUUGCGUGCCUACGUGUGGCCACCCCAAUUGACCAGCUGCCGUUAAUUGAUGCACAGCUUUCUCAGUCUCACCACCUUCUCCGGUCAUAUAUCUCCGACCACCAUAACCAACCACUUUCCCCUCAUGAUCGCCAAGACCUUGACAACUUCUUGGCACAGUAUUUGUUAGUUUUGUGUUCAUUCAAAGAACAGCUGCAGCAACAUGUCAGAGUUCAUGCUGUUGAAGCUGUCAUGGCCUGCCGUGAAAUUGAACACAAUUUGCAAGCUCUCACUGGAGUAACGCUUGGAGAAGGGUCUGGAGCAACAAUGUCGGAUGAUGAGGAUGAGAUGCCCAUGGAUUUCUCAUUGGACCAAUCCGGUGGUAUGGAUGGUGGCCACGACAUGAUGGGUUUUGGGCCGCUUCUUCCUACCGAAUCUGAACGUUCUCUAAUGGAAAGAGUGCGUCAAGAACUUAAGAUCGAACUUAAACAGGGAUUCAGGUCAAAAAUUGAGGACGUGAGAGAGGAAAUACUGCGAAAAAGACGGGCAGGAAAAUUACCUGGUGACACUACUUCUGUUCUCAAAGAUUGGUGGCAACAACACUCAAAAUGGCCUUACCCAACCGAAGAUGAUAAGGCGAAGCUGGUGGAGGAGACAGGGCUACAACUAAAGCAAAUUAACAAUUGGUUCAUCAAUCAGAGGAAGAGAAACUGGCACAGCAACUCCAACUCAAUGACUGCUCUCAAGUCCAAGCGCAAGCGAUAGAAUUGAAUUAUUUGGUCGUACUAGAAUCAAUCUCAGAUCGAGGUGCUAAUUCCCGAAAGAGAGAGCAAUUUAUUAUUUUGCAUUACGAAUUAUAUAUGUUGUUGAUAGCUUAGUGCGUAUGGACUUGUAAUAGUAGGUAUAAUAUGGCCGGGGAUGUACCAAUUCAAAAAGAAAACAGCAGUUGGGGGCAAAACAAUUAAGUUGUAACGAAUGCAUAUAUAUGAUUAAUCUUCUAACA